GGGUGCAGAAGGUCCCUCAGAGGUCAGCUAGGCUGGGUAGAGAAGGCCCAGCUUGGAUCUGGGGAAGGGCCGAAGGGCCCAGAAAGCCACGUGCUCGGGGUAGUUCUGCCGGGGAGCGGACGGUCCUCUGGGGAAAAGAGAGCGCCCCGGACUUGAGGAGGGGCGUGGAGGGAGAGUCAGAGGAGGCAGGUUCUGGACAGAAGGGAUGGGGGUGGGGGGAGGUAGAGAGGACGCGGACAAAGGAGGCGGCCGGCAGCCCAGCUGUUUUGAAAAAUGCUUCCUGUUUCUUUAAAGGCUCUCGCGGCUCGGGCGGCCGGGGCUGGGGAGGCGGCGGCAGCGGGAGCUGCCUCCUCUCCGGGCGGCGGCGCUGACUGAUCUCGCGAACUGGGCUUCUGUGUAAACUGAGGCUAAACAAACACAGAUGGAGCGCAGCGGGCGUUCUCCAGAAAUGCUGGCAAGGCGGCAGCGACUUCAGAUGACACUCUGAGCGCUCCGGGAACGGACAGCCCGGCGGCUUCGCGGAGCCGGCGGCGCAGCUGCCCCGGGCGAGGGGGAGAAAGGGAGGGAGGAGGGCGGCGCGAGCAGGGGGGAGAGCCCGAGACUCCCAGGCGCUGAGCGCGGCGGCCGCCCGGGCAGAGCCGGCGCGCAGUGUGCAGAGCGAGCGCGGCGGGCGCGCGGCCCGGGCAGCCCCACGCCCCUGCCUCGCGCGCUGCCCGCGCCAUGAAGCACAUCCCGGUUCUCGAGGACGGGCCGUGGAAGACCGUGUGCGUGAAGGAGCUGAACGGCCUCAAGAAGCUCAAGCGGAAAGGCAAGGAGCCGGCGAGGCGCGCGAACGGCUAUAAAACUUUCCGAUUGGACUUGGAAGCGCCGGAGUACGGCGCCACCGCCACUAACGGGCUGCGCGACAGGACCCAGAGGCUGCAGCCGGUCGCGGCCCCGGUGCCAGCCCAGCUGGCGCCGGCUGUUCCUUCAGGUGGGGGCGCGGACCCGGCUGGGGAGCGCAGGGGCGCUCGGGCGCCGGAGGUCUCCGACGCGCGGAAGCGCGGCUUCGCCCUGGGCGCAGUGGGGCCGGGACUCCCCACGCCGCCGCCGCCGCCGCCGCCACCGCCACCACCGCCGCCGCCGCCGCCUCCGGCGCCCCAGGGCCAAGUCCCCGGGGGUCCCGAGGCGCAACCUUUCCGGGAGCCCGGCCUUCGUCCCCGUAUCUUGCUGUGCGCACCGCCUGCACGCCCCACGCCGUCGGCGCCCCCUGCGCCCCCGGAGUCUUCCGUGCGCCCAGCGCCCCCCACGCGCCCCGGGGAAAGUUCUUACUCGUCAAUUUCACACGUAAUUUACAAUAACCACCCGGAUUCCUCCGCGUCGCCUAGGAAACGGCCGGGCGAAGCGACCACCGCUGCGUCGGAGAUCAAAGCCCUGCAGCAGACCCGGAGGCUUCUAGCGAACGCCAGGGAGCGGACGCGGGUGCACACGAUCAGUGCAGCCUUCGAGGCGCUCAGGAAGCAGGUGCCGUGUUACUCCUACGGGCAGAAGCUGUCCAAACUGGCCAUCCUGAGAAUCGCCUGUAACUACAUCCUGUCCCUGGCGCGGCUGGCAGACCUCGACUACAGCGCCGACCACAGCAACCUCAGCUUCUCCGAGUGCGUGCAGCGCUGCACCCGCACCCUGCAAGCCGAGGGACGUGCCAAGAAGCGCAAGGAGUGACUGGUCCCAGGCUAGACCAAGGAUGCUGCUGUGCGCCUUCUUUCUGGUCAAGCCUGAGGAGAAGGUGAGCUCUCCAAAUCCAGCCUUGUCUUCUUCUCCAAGAUACCACCAGAUGCUCAGACCACUGCCUCUCAGGGUGGGGCAGGGGCACACCUGCCUCCCUCUCACCCUCCUGUCCCCCCUCGGCCACUCUGGUGACUCCGCACUUUGCCCUCUGCCUGGUGGGGAGGGGGAGAGCAAAGCCUUCCCCUUGCCCAGGGCUGCAGAAAUUCAUUGCCAAAGAUUCCACAGAGACACUGAACAAAUUGUGAGGACACCCCUCAAUGAGAAGCCGCACCAUUGCUCUAUGACUUAUGCUCCUCCUCUUGCCAAAGCCAUCCCAAGCCAAAGAUGAGUCAGCAAUGAUCCCACUGGAAACUCAUGGAAGGGAUGGACGUUUGGUGACCAUUGGAAGGGCUCGACCCUCUGACCUGGAACUCUCUUUCUACACUGGGCCCUGAGCCGGCUGGGUACAAGAUAAACUUUCUGGGGGUGGUGAGAGAGGGCUGGGGGCACUUGCAUGGAGUGGGAUAUGAGAUCCUGGCCCUCUUCUCGCCCUUGCACUGGCUGCCUAGGCCUCUGACCCUGAUUCUCAGUGUUCCCUGGGCCCAGGCUCCUUGGGCCCUGAGCAUCAAGGCAAAGGAGAAAGGGAGGAAAGAAGCAAUAUUGACCACCCUGUAUUCCACCCCAGGGAUUUGCCCCACCAAGGUCACCUAAAGUGUCUCUGUUGCCCAGCCAGGCCAGCCAGCCACGCCUUGCCUGUAGCUCUCACUCCUGGCUGGGAAAACAAGAUGGUGCCCUGCACGAAGGCCAGUAGUCUUUUCCCAGUUAUGCAGCAGGGA